CUCCAUCAGUCUCACCUCACCAAGGGCUCAAACUCGCGACGCCCUUUCACCUCUCCCGCGCUCGCCGCCCCCGGCCGCACGCUCAGUCUUCCCGCUCGCCGCUUGGCCUCCCUCCGGCCUGUAAAGCAACGGGGCUUCAUCACCGAUCGACGCGCCGGCGGCUCUCCAUUUCUCGCCAAAACCCCUCGAUAAACUCCUCGAGGAGGAGGAGGAGGGUUUUCGCGCGGUGCAGAGAGAGACGUCGCCGGUCGCCGGUCGCCGGUCGCUUGCCGCCCUCAGCACAAGGGCUCGAGCCUGGUCCGAGGGAAUUCCAAUCUCGCCUCCCUCGCGAAUGGAGGGAUUGAAGGUCUCGGAUGCGAACCUGGUGGUGUGCGUCCACCCCUCGAAGGGCCACCGGGUGUCCGAGGCGGUGCUCCGCGAGCUCAGCUCUCACCUCUUCCAGUUUAGUGAGAUUUUCGACGGAGUGCUAUUGGCUUACGAUGUCAACAUUGUCGAAAAGAAUGCGAAGAUUCUUCCGGGGAUCCACCCAUACUUCGGUGUGAGACUUAAGGCGAAACUGCUGCUAUUCUCUCCCGAGCCAAAUAUGUUACUAGAGGCCAGGGUUGUGAAACUUACACCAGAAUCCAUUCAUGUCAUUGUCCUUGGAUUUGCAUCUGCCGUAAUAAUUGAUGAAGACAUUCGUGAAGAAUUUGAUUAUAGAACUAAGAAUGGUAAGGAAGUAUAUUGCAGCAAAGUGCACAGGCGACACGUUAUAAAGGUUGGAACCAUGAUACGCUUUUUAGUAAAGAGUUUGGACAAGGAAGUACUGCACAUUUGUGGUUCCCUAAAACCAUCUAACACAGGAAGCAUUCAUUGGUUGGAUAAGGAUUCUGAAGAAAUAUCCCUCAUAGAUAGGAGUGGUACAAAAAGAGAGAGGGAGAAUGAAAUGAAGAUGCAGGAGCAUGCUGUGGUAGGAGGGAAGAAAUUUCCUUGGGCAAUGGCCAAAUUAAAAAGUCCAAGAAACGAAGAUUAAUAGAGGAGUCUUAGAUGUUGGUUUUUGUCAGGUGCGGGUUAUUUUAUUUGCUUACAGGGAAUCUCAUCAUACCUGAAGUUUGUGAUGCUUGUGAUUUUGUCAGUGAUCUUUCUUUCUCUACUCCAAAAGUUUGUACUGCUUUGUUAGUUGUUUAGCUCAACUUUAUUGUAAUUUUGUAUAAUCUCUUAAUGUUUAUGUUUAUGGAACUUCUAGAUGCACAACAAAUUCUAAAUGGACACUUGACCUGGUUAAGCCGGCUUGAUGCCAAGAAUUUUGAAGCUCUGCGAAAUUACUAUUAA